AUGGAGAUGGACGAUAAGAUAAUGGAGGGGUCUGAGUGGGAGGGGGAACCUGAAAAUGUGGUUGAUGUCACCAUGGAAGGCUUAAACUCCAUCCAUACAAAACAGGCAGAGAUUUCAGCAUCUCUGCCGGAGGAGAGUGGGAUCAUUGGUCGGGUUGCAGCAGAUCUGUUUGUGCUCCUGGUGGAGAGGAGGGCUGUGGAUGCCAGGGCUGCGGUAGACGUUAGAGUGUCCUACAUGGAACUGUACCAGGAGGAGCUCAGGGACCUGCUGGAGGUCCAGACUGGAAACAAGGAGCUGCACAUCAGAGAGGAUGACAGGGGCAACACUGUGGUAGUUGUGGCAAGAGAAACUGUGAUUACCUCCGCUGAGGAGUUGCUGAGCGUCCUGGAGGCUGGCAAUGCCCUGAGGCACACUGGCCCCACUCAGAUGAACGAGUGCUCCAGCCGCUCUCACGCUAUCGUUACCCUACAGCUAAUGCAGCAUCACCACGACAAUGGCUCCCUCCGCUCCUCUAAACUCCACCUGGUGGAUCUGUCUGGGUCAGAGCGGGCUGCACGCACCGGGAACACAGGCCUGCGCCUCAAAGAGUCCGUCCACAUCAACACCGGCCUGCUGGCAUUGGGCAAUGUCAUCCGCGCACUCUCCAACCCCCAUCGCCGCCACAACCAUGUGCCGUACCGUGACGCCAAGAUCACGCGCAUCCUCCGGGACUCACUGGGCGGCUCCGCCCACACACUGAUGGUGGCCUGCGUCAGCCCUUCCCACCACAGUGUCGCAGAGACGCUGAGUGUGCUUCAGUUUGCCUCACGGGCACGCUACGUGAAGAACCAGCCUGCGUUGUGUCCUGCCAGGGCGUGUCCGGGCUGGCAGCCUGGAGAGGCUCAUGUGGGGGAGCUGGAGCAGGAGGUCCAGACUCUGAGAAAGGCACUGAGAGAGAAGGAUAAGACAGGGAGAGGGAUUGCUUUGAGUGACAGCACCAAACAGGCCACUCAGGAGGAGCGUGAUGACAGGGGGGCGGCUCUAGUGGAGGAGUCCCAGUACUGCUGCCUUGCACAGGAUGCUGCCUUCCAGAGUUCCACCCGGAGGGAUGAGUCUCAACAGAUCACCAUCCUCCAGCUCAGACGUGAGCUCAAGAACUGCCAGGAUACUCUGGCUAUAGACAAGCAGGUGUUUGACCUGAGGGAAUCUGAGCUGGAGCAGGUGCAGAGGCAGAAGGAGCAGCUGGUGGAACAGCAGCUGUUGAUAGAUCGUCUCUGUGGUGACCUCCUGACCUUCAGGAUGGGAUCCUUUAGACCCUCGCUGGACACUGGGGCUUCUGGGAAGUGCAAGGAGCGCAGAGAGAGGCGGAGUCAGACGGUGACCCUGCUGCGCCUAAAGAAGGCGGAGACACAGAGCAGGGUUAGCCUGCAGACCAGUGGCUCCAGUAAUCUGCACAAGAACAAGUCUGAGAGACGUGUGUGGCUGGAACACGAGGAGGAGCGUGCAAUGCAUAGGAGGAGGGGCCUGCAGGAGCUGGAGCUGAGGUGCAGAGAAGAGGUGCUGCAGCACCGAGAGGCCGGUGUCCAGGAGAGGAACCAGCUGCAGAUCAAGAGGCUUCGUUCCAGCCAGACUCUGAGUCAGGACUUGCUGCGCGUGUCGGCCCGUCUGGGAGAUCUGGAUGAGGAGCUUGAGGAGAGAGGAGGGGUAGAGAGGCGACUGUCCUCCUCUGCAGCAGGGCUGUGUGGAGUGUCCGCGGAGGAGCUGCUGAAGGAGAGAGAGAGCCUGCAUCGGAGGAGGGACACGCUGGACACGCAGCUGAGGGACGGCAGGGUGCUCAUGCCAGAGGAGGAGCAUGCUCUGCUGCAGUCGGAGGAGGUCUUGGAGGCUCUGGAUGCUGCAGUAGAGUUUAAGAACUAUUCCAUCCAGGAGAGACAGAGAGACCUCGGGGACACGUCGGGGACCUCGGGGGAACUCCAGCUGUCACUUCCAGAGGCCUCAGCACUGUUGGUCAAAUACUUCAACCAGGUGCUGUGUCUGCGGGAGUUGGAGCGGCGGCUGCAGCUGCACUGUGAGGAGCUGCAGCUGCAGAGUGGAGAGCAGGAGGCGGUGACCAGGGAGAUGGAGGCAGCUCUACAGCGCCUCACUCUGGACACAGACCUCCGGCUCACUGAGCAGCAUCACGAGCACCAGCACAACAUACAGAUACUAAUGCAGCAGCUCCAAGAGGGUGGCUCAGGGGACAGUGGACAAGCGGUCCAGGCUAGGCUGCAGCAGCUGGAGAGAGACCUGUCACAGCUAGUCACCGACUCCCUCCGCCCCCAGGCUCCAGACCUGCAGACCCAGGGCAGGAAGGCGGCCAGCGACGGAGCAUUGGACAGCCCCAGCCCGCAGAUUCCCAGAGUGGAGCUGGCCCCGGUCCGUCUGUCCCAUAGAGAGCUGAGGCAGAUCUCACCCUCUGCCUUCUGCAGCACUAGGAGGCACUCUACCCUGAGGGCCAGCAGAGGCUCAUUCCAGGAGGACUCCAUCGUAGUGCCCUGA